AUGGGGGACUGGUCCUUUCUUGCUUCCUUGUUGGACAAAGUACAAUCCCACUCUACAGUUGUCGGGAAGGUUUGGCUGACAGUCCUGUUUGUGUUCAGACUGUUGGUUCUGGUUGCAGGGAUAGAAAAAGUAUGGGGGGAUGAGCAAUCACGUCUGGUCUGUAACACACUGUCACCAGGUUGUAAGAAUCUGUGCUACGACCGGGCUUUCCCCAUCUCCCACAUCCGCUUCUGGGUCCUUCAGAUCAUCUUCGUCUCCGUCCCAACUCUGGUUUACCUGGCACACGUCAUGCACGUCAUCCACAAGGAGAAUAAACUGAGAAGACAACAAUCAAAAGGAAAGAAUGGAAUUGUGAAAGUGCCCAAAUACACUGACGACAAGGGCAAAGUUCACAUAAAGGGGACCUUGCUUGUCAGUUACAUGUCAAAUGUGUUAUUUAAGAUUCUAUUUGAGGUUGGAUUCAUAGUGGGCCAGUAUUACCUGUAUGGCUUUGUAUUGCCCAAUAAGAUUAAAUGCAGUGGAUACCCAUGUAAGGGAGACCAUGUAGAGUGCUUCAUAUCGCGGCCCACUGAGAAGACUAUCUUUAUCAUCUUCAUGCUGGUGAUGGCCUGUGUGUCUCUGCUGCUCAAUGUGGUGGAGAUGUUCCACCUGAUUGGAUCAAAGGUUAGGCAGGGGCGUAACAGACAACCUCCUGCAGCUGAGAGGUAUGCACUCCAUGAUAAACACAAGCAAUUUGAUAAAGAGUCAUUCUGCUGAAUAUUCAGUUGAAUCACUGUCUAUCUUAAUUUGUUUUCUCGUGUACAGUAUGACGAGAGCCAUUGACCUCACAAUUAUAACAAGAAAUCCCGAAUACAAUACGUUGUUGUUUUUACCGCUGCUCUCUUACUCUGUUGUGUAAAAUUGAUUGAAUGUACUGCCUAUAUGUUUAAUAUGCAGUAAAAACUGGGAUGUUCUAACAAAUUCUAAGACAUUGCUGAGUUGUGACUAAAGUAUCUCUGAUGUCUGACGAGUACUAGAGGAGACUAGAUGCAUAGGCUACUACUGACAACCAAAUUGGUUCUUUUUGUGCGUUUUUUGUUUGGGAUAUGAAUCAUCAAAUAGUGCUGUGCAUUUGAUAAGGACGUGCCUUUUCAAAAAAUACAACAAAUCAAAUCAAAGUUG